AUGGACACUAUCAAGACUCUCACUAACAAGACCAGUGAGCAGGUGACUAUGGAACUGGACUUGAAGGCAAGCGCCUCUGAAGAGGAGACACUGACAGACCACUAUGUCAUGCUCAACUCCCUUGGCAAAGGGGCCUUUGCUGAGGUGAAGCUAGCUUACCACCUUCACACAGAGGUGCAAGUGGCUAUCAAAGUCCUGAAAAUGGGAACAAAAAAUGACUCCAGCGUAAAAACUGAAAUGGACAUCAUGAAAACUUUGAACCACCCAAAUAUUACCCAGUUGUUCCAUCUCAUCAACACCAAAGAAUACACCUAUAUGGUGAUGGAACAUGUUGCUGGAGGAGAUCUGGUGAGCCAUGUUGAGAGGGUGGGCCGUCUGCAGGAGGACACGGCCCAGCACAUUUUUGCACAGGUAGUGUGUGCAGUUGACUACUGCCAUAUGAACGGCAUUGCACACAGAGACAUCAAGUUAGACAAUAUCCUGAUGGAUGGCAAAGGGAACAUCAAGCUUUGCGACUUUGGCCUAGCCGCCCAAGUCACUCCUGGCCAGGGCACCAAGGGAUUCUGUGGUACCCUUGAAUAUUGUGCCCCUGAACUAUUCUGUGACACAGAAUAUGAUGCAAGGGCUGUGGACAUCUGGAGCAUGGGAGUGGUUUUAUAUGCAAUGGUGACGGCAUCCUUUCCAUUCAAAGCAAACACCUACUCAGAAAUGAAGGAGGAGAUGCUAGAUCCCAAGUACCACCUCCCUUACACACUUUCUGAAAAGCUACAAAACAUCAUAGUGCAAUUGCUCACUGUGCAGCCUGAGCAGAGGCCCACGAUAAGUGACAUUAGGCAACAUCAGUGGUUGAUGUCCGAGGAAGAAUUUUUGCAAAUCACACCUUCAUUAGAUUCACUGUGUAACAAACUAAAUCCCAGCAUUGUGGUGGCUAUGUGGAGUAUGGGCUAUGACCCCAAGGACAUUAGUUCUUCUCUACAGGAGAAAAAGUUCAAUCAUAUCAUGGCCACAUAUCUAAUCUUAAACCACAAGUCACCCAGGGACCACUCGAAAUAUGCUGCAAAGUUCUUGCAGGCCCAUGUUGAUAUGACUCCCUCAAGUGCUGCUGCUAACUUUCAUUCUCAGAGGGGACUGAGUGAGCUUGUCCUUCCCACCUUGCAGGAAGAACACCAGGUACACGAUGAGAAGGUAUCAAGGAAGAAGAGGAUGAGAAGCAUGAGCAUGCCGGCCACCUUGUGCUCACAGCAGAAGGAAAACAAACAUCUAUCCACAGCCCCCAAAUUUGCUCAGCAGAUUACUUAUAGCAAGAGCAGAAUUUUGGCAAUGGAUAGCAUGACAUGCAAUUGGUCAUCCUCAAUAUCCCUGUCCUCUGAGAGCAUUUCUUCUCCAAUGUGUGUGUCUUCUGAACCAUCCCAGGUUGUGAACACCUCAGACAAUAGCUCAUACACUGAGAGUACACACUCUAUAAGCAGUUAUAGCGAGGUACCUCACAGUGUGAAUCCCAAAGCUACUUAUGACAUCCAGAGAUCUUCUCUUUGGGUAACAUCCAAACACACUGCUGAUGAUGUCCCUUCUGAAGGUAUUCCUGAAGUCCAGAAAUCUUUCCUUCAGGCAACAUCAAAGAACAGCUAUGAUGUUAUUUCUCCUGAAGGCAUACCUGAAAUACAGAGAUCUUCUCUUCAGCAAACAUUGAAGAAGACCUUUACCAAUGUUCCUCUUGAAGCCAUUCCUGAAAUACAGAACUAUUAUCUUCAGACAACAUCAAAGUACAUCUGUGAAGAUGUCCCAAGUGAGGACUUAACUGAUGUCCAGAGAACUUCCCUUCAGGAAACAUCCAAGAAUAGCAUUGAUGAUGACCAUCCUGAAGGCAUAUCUGAAUUCCAGAAACCUUCACUUCAGGAAAUAUCUAAGAACAGCUUUGAGGAUGUUCCUCCUGAAGUCAUAACUGCAGCCUCUGCCAACCAUCUGUCCCGAGGAUGGAAGAGGGUUAAAAAGAGAAUUGGAAGUUGUCUGAGACUCUUAUGCUGCUGCAUGCCAGCCUCAAAGAGAAGCCAUGUUUCUCAGAGUGAACCAGUGGAAGUGGAGAGUGGUGCCUGUCCAUAUCCUGAAGCACAUACCCAGGGGAUUCCUGACCCUCAGAGGAUCUGCACACUCAACACUGGUGCCAGUGUUGAAAACUAUCAGAUGCAAACAGUGCAAAGUUCAUGUGAGAGUUACAGAAGAGACCUGUUUAAGUUCGGCUUCAUAUGGAGGAAGACCAGAAACAACAGAGAAGAUGAAUGUGGCCACAUGAGCUCUGAUGCCACCAAGCAAGAAUAUCCGGAAGCUGGAGAAUGGCCGGAGGACUCUACAACCUAG